AUGGCUCCCACAUUCUGUCCAUACUGCUGCAACUGCCUCACAAUCGCCCGUGCCCCAGGAGACGACCAAUAUCCUCAAGGUCGCAAUGCUUUUACCUGCCGGACAUGCCCUUACCAAUUCGUCCUUGACGAUCAGUACUACGAACGUACUCACAUGAAGAAGAAAGAGAAGGAUGACAUCCUGGGAGAGGAGCAAUCUGACUUGCCAGUCAACGAAGUUCCCGGAGGCUGCCCAAAUGAGAAAUGUGACUCCAAAAAGGCCUACUUCUACCAGUUACAGACACGGAGUGCGGAUGAACCGCCUACCUCUUUCUUCAAAGAAAAGACUCAUAUCAACGUCGUCGUCAUCGGACACGUCGACUCCGGCAAGUCCACCACCACCGGCCACUUGAUCUACAAGUGCGGCGGUAUUGACAAGCGUACCAUCGAGAAGUUCGAGAAGGAAGCUGCUGAACUCGGCAAAGGCUCCUUCAAAUAUGCCUGGGUGUUGGACAAGCUCAAGGCCGAACGUGAGCGUGGUAUCACCAUCGAUAUCGCUCUCUGGAAGUUCGAGACCCCCAAGUACUUCGUCACCGUCAUCGACGCCCCCGGCCAUCGUGACUUCAUCAAGAACAUGAUCACUGGUACCUCCCAGGCUGAUUGUGCCAUUCUCAUCAUUGCCGCCGGUACUGGUGAAUUCGAGGCUGGUAUCUCCAAGGAUGGCCAGACCCGUGAGCACGCACUGCUCGCCUACACCCUGGGUGUCAAGCAGCUCAUCGUUGCCAUCAACAAGAUGGAUACCACCAAAUGGUCUGAGGAUCGUUUCAACGAAAUCAUCAAGGAGACUUCCAACUUCAUCAAGAAGGUCGGCUACAACCCCAAGUCUGUCCCAUUCGUGCCCAUCUCCGGCUUCAAUGGUGACAACAUGAUCGACGUCUCCAGCAACUGCCCCUGGUACAAGGGCUGGGAGAAGGAGUCCAAGGCUGGCAAGGCUUCCGGCAAGACCCUCCUCGAGGCCAUCGAUGCCAUUGACCCUCCCUCUCGUCCCACCGACAAGCCCCUCCGUCUUCCUCUGCAGGAUGUCUACAAGAUCUCUGGUAUUGGGACAGUGCCUGUCGGUCGUGUUGAGACCGGUACCAUCAAGGCCGGUAUGGUCGUCACCUUCGCUCCUGCCAACGUCACCACUGAAGUCAAGUCCGUCGAAAUGCACCACGAACAGCUCGCCGAAGGUGUUCCCGGUGACAAUGUCGGCUUCAACGUCAAGAACGUCUCCGUCAAGGAGGUUCGUCGUGGCAACGUCUGUGGUGACUCCAAGAACGACCCCCCCAAGGGUGCCGACUCCUUCAACGCCCAGGUCAUCGUCCUCAACCACCCUGGUCAAGUCGGUGCUGGUUACGCUCCCGUCUUGGAUUGCCACACCGCCCACAUUGCCUGCAAGUUCGCCGAGCUCCUUGAGAAGAUCGAUCGUCGUACCGGCAAGUCCAUGGAAAACAACCCCAAGUUCAUCAAGUCUGGUGAUGCUGCCAUCGUAAAGAUGGUUCCCAGCAAGCCCAUGUGUGUUGAGGCCUUUACCGACUACCCACCUCUUGGUCGUUUCGCCGUCCGUGACAUGCGUCAAACCGUCGCCGUCGGUGUCAUCAAAUCCGUCCAGAAGUCCGAGAAGGGAGGCGGCAAGGUCACCAAGGCUGCUGUCAAGGCUGGCAAGAAAUAG